UUUGAAAAACAGCUUGCCAAAAAUGACAUUUAAAGUCAAAGUUUGACAACAAUGAGAUUGUGUUGUUGCAACUUAUUCAAAGAAAAUCUCCGCCGUUCCUCCCUCCUCCUCUACAAGAUCCUGUUCUCCCAGAAAGAGCACACCAUCCUGAAGAAAAUCUUCAGUUUCUUCUUCGGCCUCCUCCUCGGCGUGGGCUUCUACUUCCUGAUCCUCAUCGACUUGAACUUCACCCCCGGCGCCUCAGUCCUCAUGGGCCUCACCAUGUGCUUGCUCCUGGGCCUCGGCAACGCCUUCUCCUCCCAAAUCCGCUGCAUCACCCUCCUCACCUUGCCCAGUUUCGGCGGAAAAGUCGGUCGCGGCGUGAUCAAAACCUUCGUCUUGGCCUACAUCCUCUCCGGUCCCGUGGAGAACAUCACCAUGAACGGGCGCGAAGUGGUCCGCGUCUUCGCCUGCACCACCUCCCUCACCUUCAACUUGACCAAAACCCGCUUCGAGCUCAUGUUCAAGCCCUUCUCGGACGCCCUCUUCGGCAUGAAGGCCGACGUGAACGAGGUGAAGGACACCAUGAGGUCCAUCCGGGACGUGUCGGCGCCGGUGGUGGGCGAGGUCGAGGACGAGGCCGAAAUGAGGAAGCUGAAGGAGGAGAACGACUACAUGGACGCCAAAACCGGCGACUCGGCCCGAAGCAAGGACAUCGCCGCCAAGUACCACUCCUUGGGGGAGAAGCAGGAAGCCGAACGUUUCGAGAAAAUGUACCUGAAGAAGAUUGAGAUGCGAUGUGAGGACCAGUUCACCAAAGCGGCGCGAAAUUGUCGAGAAAUGUUCGGGAAGGCUUAUGAUAAGUGCUACGAGGCGGUGACUUGGGUGGCGGCUUGGUUGAUUUGUUGGCCCAUGAAGCUGGAUUUUGUGUGUAAUAUCGCCCAGGCGUUGGGUGGGGUCAAUCGCUGUGACCCCUCCAAGGACAUCGAUCCCGGGUUUGGGGACGGUUAUGCAUAUUUGAAAAAAUCCCGAUCCCAGUUUUCCGACAAUUUCAAAAACGUCAAAUUGCAGUACCAAAUCCCCAAAAUCAAGCAAUUGAUCGAUUUGAGGGACAGUCGGGAGACGGCCAAGGCGAUUUUGCAUUCAGUCAACGCAAAAAAGGCGAUUUUGCGCCAAUUGAUGAUCAUUUUGAAACGAAUUCUCGCGUUUAUCUUCCUGAGGAUUAUCCUCAACGCGUCCACAUACCUCGAGAAGUACUUAACUGACAUCCAAUUCGAUAAUAUCUACGUCACGACGUACUACCGCCGGAUUGAUGCCCGAAGGAAGAAGCAGGGGAAGUACACAGUCCUCCCUUUGAAGAAAAUCGAGAAGAAAAAACUCGUCGAUCCUUGCACUCCGCGCCCUUUGAAAAGUGAACACCAACAACUCUUCUGGCAAACAAUCCAUUUGAUGCUCGAAGUACUUUUCGCUACAACGUUCAUACUCCUCGAUCGGCUCUUCUACGAAGGUUUGGACUUGGUGCGACGGCAUGCUAGGAUCGAUUAUGUCCAAACUGGACGUCACGACAUGAAAUUGGAAGUCAAAGGUACUGGAAUGAUUGCUAAUUUGUUGCGGUCGGUUAUCAAGGGUUUUAAUAUCAAAAAACGGAUUCAUAUCGAAAGGAGUAACGAGAAGUGUCUCCCACAACCUUCACUACUCCCCAAUUAUUACAUUUACAAGAUUUAUGGGACUUAUGUAGUGUUGUGGUUGCUCAUUCUUGUCAAUAUGUACACGCAAAGGCUGCGACAUGCCAUCUGUGGGAUGUUUUACAGAAAAUGGGAGAAGAGGCGAGUGUUACAUAUUUAUAAUGAGACGCUGCGACGCAGGAUCGGCUUCUACAGAUUCAUGAAGAAGAAGAUCCAGAAGCUGGUCCGUCAGCGCCGCCUCCAAGACGACCUCAACGUCUUCAUGGUCCUGCAGCUAAAAUUCCCGCGUUUCUUCCGCUUUUUGCAGCUAUUCCCGGGGGCGCGGCGCAAAUGCCUCAUGUGCAAAGAAGUCGAGCCUUUAUGUCGCUCGAAAUUCCAAGUCUGUCCGAACGAAUUGUGCCAUUUCGCGUACUGUCCCGAGUGUUGGGACGACUCGGGGCGCAAAUGCCUCGCUUGUGCCACUCUGGACACCGACACCAGCAGCGGCCUAGACUCCUCCGACGACGACGCCGAUUGA